AUGGUCCCCAUGCAGGAUCCUGCAGUCAGGAGACGAGGGGUAGCGAGGGUAAAUGACAUCUCGGAUGUCGACGACGACGACUGGGCCGUCUAUAGCGAUACCGAGAGCAUCUCGAGCCGUUCAACUGCAUCAGAUACCACCUUUGCUUCGGUCCAGGAGACCCUGCCAGCACUCCUCUCGGUCGGGAAAGAAGACCUCGACAAGCCUGUCUAUGAGGCUUAUAACAUGAUCUUCGUGCCCGACACGCACAUUGCCACGGGCGGCGCUGAAGUGCUGGGGGUCGGGAAAAAGGAGUACAGGACCGUAGGUGGGAAGGUGACUGUGACACCAAUACCAUCUACGCAGUCCGAACUCGCUAGCAUGCAUUUGCACGCCGUUGAGGCCUUCCAGGCCAAGCAUAAGCGUUGCUGGCCUGUUCGAGCGAUGCGCGGCAACACCAAGACUUACGAGCAAGAUCUCGAAGAGAAAUGCAGCAAGCUCCCGGCAAAGGUGAGGAUGGCCAUGGCUGGGCUCCUUUCUGAUAGGGGAAGGACAUCUUCAUCCCGUUACCGGACAAGGGUCUGGACCAUUGUCUCCAUGCGGGAGCAGCGAAACCAGCGAUUUGCUCAAGCCGACUUCCCCGAAGUCAAGCGCCACAAAAUCCGCUUCUGGAAGAAUCCCGGCCCGGAAGAACCUCUUCUGUAUACGCUGAUCCUUCGAGGAGCUGAGACGAAGUCCUGUGCCGAUGUAGAUGGUUUCAACACAUUCGGCUGGUCGUCAAAUCCCUGGAGAUUCGCCGAUAAUGCAGAAGCCCGCAGCAGGGGCAUUGAGCGGCGUCGUCAGCAGGAAGCCCGCCGUCAAAAAGGAUCCGAGUCACCGGCCUCGCACCGAGCGCGUGCACAAUCAGUAUCGCCGCCGUCGUAUCGAAGCGGCCGGGGACGGGACGAGUCGUCUGCUCCAUCAGCUUGCGAUAGUCGAUACGACUCGCCGCCUCCGUACCCGAUGUACCCGAGCCGCCGUGUUUUUGCUCCUAUGCGCAGCGGCUCGCCAAUUGAUCGCAUCCGGGUAGUACGGAGACAUGCAUCGUUUUCCGAUGCCGCGCCCGUUCCAACGCCCCCUGAAUCAUACACUCCGCCACCUGAGGUGUUGGCAUACAACAGGCCCUCAGUCGUGCCGCCCUCCACAACCUACGACAAUCCCUUUCUUCCGCGACAGCCAUUGGCAACCAAUGUCGCACGGUGUCCCGUUGCUCCAAUGCUCCAGCCCCAAUUCACACCCGAAUUCACGCCUGCAACAUGCGCCGGCCACCAGACCGCGAGGCCGUGCCCUCACUUUCCCCCAAAUCCACCCUCCUACCGCCCGACAGAUUGGAGAGGGGUACCGCAUCAACAACCGUGUGGCAUCUGCGCGCUGAGACCCGCCCCUGUCUUUGAUCCUCCGUACUUUGGACAGUCUUGCGAGCAACCGUUAUCGUCACCUGUGCCUCCACCCGCUCCAUUUAUCCCGCCACUCUCAACACCGUCCUUGUCAACAUUCCCGUCGGGGACGCCGCCGCCGCCGCCGCCGCAGAUGUCGCGCUGGUCAUGGUCCAGCGCGUCAGUGUCCGCUCCGGCAUGGUCGACUGCCGAAUGCCCUGAGCCAGAACUUCACCUCUGCAGCAACCCCAGCUCAUCUGCCGACAACAUGCCGAAUAGCGACAUGCCGAACCCGCCGCAACCCCAUAGAGUUAAUGAUUACUUCGAUCUUUCCUUAUUAAGCUCGGACUCGACUAGGGACAGUCGCGGCGACGACGGAGAUGCAUCAAAAGAGACACGCUGA